GCAGAGCGCGGGCCCGGGCCGCCGGAAUCGGGCGUGGUUUAGGACCCGGGGCGGGCCUCCGCGCGGGCGGCGCGACUCCGAAGUUGGGCUCGGGGCCGCGGCGGUGACCGCGGCAGUGACCGUCAGGCCUCCGGCCGCUGGCGCCCGGUUCCGCUCUCGUCCGCACCCCGACGCGCGCCGGCCAUGACGGGCUCACUGUUCCGGGCGAACUUCUGGAGUUCAGACAUCCUCAGCACUGUUGGCUACGACAGCGUCAUCCAACAUCUGAACAAUGGCCGCAAGAACUGCAAAGAAUUUGAAGACUUUCUGAAAGAAAGGGCAUCAAUUGAAGAAAAGUAUGGCAAAGAUCUGCUCAGCCUCUCUAGGAAGAAGCCAUGUGGACAGUCUGAGAUCAACACCCUGAAGCGGGCCCUUGAGGUCUUCAAGCAGCAGGUAGACAAUGUGGCACAAGGUCAUAUUCAGCUUGCACAGACUCUAAGAGAAGAGGCCAGGAAGAUGGAAGAAUUCAGAGAGAAGCAAAAGCUACAACGGAAAAAGACAGAGCUUAUAAUGGAUGCUGCCCAUAAGCAAAAGAGCUUACAAUUCAAGAAAACCAUGGAUGCAAAGAAGAACUAUGAACAGAAAUGCCGAGACAAAGAUGAAGCAGAGCAGGCCGUCCACCGGAGUGCCAACCUGGUAAACCCAAAGCAACAAGAAAAGCUUUUUGUGAAACUGGCAACUUCAAAGACCGCAGUAGAGGACUCAGACAAGGUGUACAUGCUGCACAUCAGUACCCUGGAUAAGGUCCGCGAAGAGUGGCAGAAUGAGCACAUCAAGGCCUGUGAGGUAUUUGAAGUUCAAGAAUGUGAACGAAUAAACUUCUUUCGGAAUGCCUUGUGGGUACACCUGAAUCAGCUGUCACAGCAAUGUGUCACAAGUGAUGAUAUGUAUGAAGAAGUCCGUAAGAGUUUAGAGAUGUGCAGCAUUGAGAAGGAUAUAGAAUACUUUGUGAAUCAACGAAAAACUGGACAGACUCCACCAGCACCCAUUAUGUAUGAGAAUUUCUACUGUCCCCAGAAGAAUGCAGCCCCACCAGGAAAGACUGUGGGGCCUAACUUGGCAAGGAGAGGACCUCUCCCAAUUCCUAAAACUUUACCAGAUGAUCCUGAUUAUUCUUUGAUUGAUAACUACAGUUUGAUCUAUCAGUAACGCAAUGAAAACACAGCUUUUUCCAGCUGGUGCUUCUCUGGCAUGGAAGGAAGCACUCAGCCCAGUAGAAUAUAUAGCCAAACUACGUCAAUCAUGAAGACUUUGAAGUGAAACCUUGCUGUAAUUUUUUGAUAUUUUAAAUUUAUGGUCAACAUUUAGAUCAACUUAAGUUAGUAGUGUUCUGAAGUUUUUAAAACAAGUUUACAAAUUGCCCCAGACUGAAGAAUUACCAUUUUCCAUCAGUUACUAAAGUUGUAAAUGAGUUAUUUUCUACUUGAUUGAGGAAAAUCUCUGGAUUUGGAGUUUUGACUCUGGCAGGGGGUAGGGGUGGCCACAGAGGGGUCUGAACCACCAACCUGCAGAGGCCCUUUGGCUUUGGGCCAGUGUGGCUAUGGAAUUUCCACCGGGACACACACUUGGUGGGGCAAAAUUUACAAUAACCUUCCUUCUUGACUAAAGACUUAGAAGCCAUCUGAUGAUACUUUCUCACUUUACAAAUGAGGAAAUGAGAUCCAGAAGUGUGAAAUCAAUUCCCUUACUUAUCAGGGACAGAACCAGAGCUAGCAUGUAAGCUCAUCCCACAUCACCAUUCUCCUAAUCCUGAGGCUGUGAUGUUCAGUUGAAAUUUAAGAUGCCAAAUGUUUUUGCCAGCAUCUUUUCAACUGGGAAAACUACCAGGGUUAAAAUAGCAGAUUUACUUUUAUAUGGCUCACUGUAUGUACCCACUGUAUCACUUUAAUCUAACCUAAGAAGCCAUCGAGUGUAAAGCAUGGCUUUAUAUCUUAUAUACCACCAAGAAAGUCAGGUAGGGGAGUUGACAGCUAACUUGUGACAGUUAAUGGCCAAUUUCAUUUGAAUUUGAGAUGCUAAAGUGUGAAAGAAAAAGUACAUCGUAGAAUCAAUGAAAUAUGCUAUUUUUGUUCUAUUCCUGAAGAGACUUUUAGAGUUACAAAACUGGUCCUCAAUCCUGGGUCUUCACAAAGAAUUUUUCCCUUGCUAGAUCCUGGAAUUUUUAAAGUGUCAUCAUCAACCUUUCACAAAUAUCUGGGUUCCUUUGGUCACUCACAAACAGCAGGGAGGUUAUGUGCCUUUUGUAUAAUAUUCACACACUGGAGGAAACAGACAUUUUAGUUAAUGGCAAGUUAAAAUAACAUGGGUACUCAUAUGGUAUGUUGUAAAAUUCUGUUACCACAAAAAGCAAAUAUUUUCCUCUCCUGCUCUGUGCAAAUCUUUCCAAGACCAAUGGACAAAUGGAACGAUGAUUGAUUAUUCCCCCUUUUUAAUGAAAGGUGCUACUUAAAGUGGCAGCUUCUUGUCAUGGCAGGAAACUUGCAUCAGUUGGAUAUCCUUUUGAGAAACUGAAGUUUGCAAAGGGCCACCGACUUCCCCAAUUUGAACAAGCUCAGAAAAUUUUCCUUCAAACGCAGAACAAUCUAUUUUUAAAUAUUUUAUUUAUUGUUGGCAAUUCCUCAGGGAUUUCACUUUUCUCUCUAUUGGUCAGUGUAAUUGAUGUGAAAGUGUUUUAUGAAUUGAACAUAUUUUUAUUUUAUUGCUCUUUCAAUUUGAUACAAAAUAAAAUAACAGCUCUUGGUGAUUUGGGA